CCCCUCUGGUUCCCCGGCAACAUGUAACACAAGUUCAAGAAAAACACCCCUAUCCGGAAAUACCCUUGUAGCUCUCUUGUUGAUGUGCACGAAACAAUUCUUACAAAGAUACACCAGCUGCUUAAAUUUUUUUGGAUAGGAACUUUUGUAUAACUGUUUACCCUCAAGGCUAGUUGAAAAGGCGACUAAAGGCUACUUGAAAAAUAAAAGUUGCAACGCCAACGAACAUGGACAUCGGCUCCUCUCUUCCUUUCUUAGAUAAAGACGAUUCUCGUCUAAGGCUAAAAGUGGAAAAUAGAAUGAAGAACAUUUUUGUCACGCAAGUAGAUGACGCCAGAGAAGAAGUCGACAAUGUCAAUCACAUACCUGUUAUAACAGAGACAAGCAGAAUCCUGGACACUGGAGUCAACACUCUGCAGAGAACACGGCUUCUAAAGAAACAGGUGGAGAUGGAUGAGAUGGACAGACUACUGGCUCUCAAACGUCAUGAUUUCAAAUGCCAUAUGCAGGCCCUGGCUCAGAGGAGGGCCAAACUGGAGCAGAAACAACAGGAAACUCGAGAAAGAGCGAAUAAAUUUGAGAAGUUUGUGGAGGACAACGAGGGGAAAAGGCGCAGAGCACUUAAAAAAUACCAGCUCGCAAAACAACAGAACCAUCUAAAGGAAAUAGAGAAAGAGGAACUCGCAGAGCUGCUGGAAAGGCUGCAGGCCAGACAGCAAUAUUUAAAGGACAAAGUGACCAAAUACAAAAUGUAUGAAGACUACCUAAUGAAAAUCUUAGACUUUCUGCCGGAAAAUUACCUGGACUAUGGCUCAGACUCUCAGGUCACGCCCAUCAUCCGUCGCCAUGAGACCCUGUCCCUCACUCACCAGGAUCUGGAGAAGCGUGUGGGCCAGCUGGUGGAGGAACUGGAAGAGGGCCACCGCCACCUGGAGGCCCUGAAGCAGGAGCACAACUCCAACAAACUGAUGGCGAACAGGACGCUGUCUGAGCUGCAGAGCCAGUGGGAUAGCAUAAAGGAACAGAACAAACAGAAGGAGAUUAACUUACUGAUCCACCAUGGGCAGUCAAGAAACAAGCUUGAGGAAGUAGGAUGUCUGGUCAUCGCUGUGAGGAACCUGGGAGAGCAGUGCUACUUACAGAAUUAUGGGCCUUUGGAAGAGAUGGACAUGCUAACAAUACUGGACAUGGUCAAGGAGUUUAUUCUAGAAAGGGCAGACAUGGAGAAAAGAGUCACACAACUGAUGGAGUCUGGCUCUGCAAUGACAAGCGCCACGGACAGAGGGUCAGGAACUCUGAAAAACAAUAGCAGAACACAACUGAAAACACAACUAAAAAGUGCCAGUAAGAUGAGUGGGAAGAGUGGUAUGUCCAGCUGAUCAACAUUAGGCAGAAUGUUUGAACAAUUCAGCUUGUGCUUUUUUUGUCCGUUUCAAAAUGGUGUAUUGAGGCUACACAUGCUGUGAAUCAACGUUUUGUUUUGUAUUUAAAAUAAACAGAAUUAUGACUGAUGCUUGUGAUUAAACAUAUUCGAAAGGA